AUGGGGGCCAGGGCUCGUAGGCCAUUGCAGUCCAAACUCAUAGAACAUCAUGGUUAUAUACCUGAGACUCAUAAUAUUUGGACGGAGGAUCAUUAUUGUCUAACAGUACAUAGAAUCAUAGGACCCAAAACAUAUAAUAUCACAUCAAGCAUAGAACAACCUGCGAAAACCGUUAUUGAUUGCAUAGAAAAAUCCAUUUUAUUGAAUUUCGAUACAUCGACGUUUACAAGAAAGCCCGAAAAUAAUUCUUUAUUCAGACCGCCUGUUUUACUAGUUCAUGGAAUAUUUUGCAGUUCGGUAGAUUGGCUUUUGCUUGGACCACAGAAGGCUCUUGCAUAUACUUUGUGUCAAGCUGGUUACGAUGUUUGGUUAGCAAAUGUUCGUGGUAACGAAUAUUCCAAAAAGCAUCAAAUUUAUACAACGAAGGAUAAAGAGUUCUGGGACUUUAGUUUUCACGAGAUAGGAUAUUACGAUUUACCAGCAAUAAUAGAUUAUGUCUUGGAACAAACUGCUUAUUCGGAACUGUCUUAUAUUGGCUACAGUCAAGGGACUACUUCGUUUUACGUAAUGGGAAGCGAAAGGCCGGAAUACAAUGCAAAAGUUAAAGUAAUGGUCAGCUUAGCGCCCGUGGCUUUUUUAUAUAACCAACAAAGCAAUUUUAUCACUUUUUUAAUGAAGUACUUACAUUUAAGUACUUUAGCAGAGUGGAGCUCAUUUUAUUUUAAAAUAAAUCAGGUAUUUCCUUAUAGUGAGUUUCGAGCUUGUGCAAUUAAUGUAAUUAUUCGUAAUGUUCCUUCGGAAUUGACAAAAAGAGCUUGCAAAAUUUGCUUCCACUUAAUUGCUGGAUUUGGUAGUAAUCAACUGGAAAAUGAUAUGUUUCCUAGAAUUUUUGGACACUUUCCAGCUGGUUGUUCAUUCAAACAGAUAUUUCAUUAUGGUCAAUCCAUUUUAAAAGGAUCAUUUAGCAAAUUUGAUUAUGGGCUUCGUAAAAAUUUGAAGAAAUAUGGUUGUGCUCAACUAAAUGAAUAUAAUUUAAAAAAUGUUACAGUUCCAGUGGCGAUUUUUUAUGCAGAAAAUGAUUCUUUAACAAAUGAUGUGCAAAAACUUAUAGACGAUUUACCAAAUGUAAUUGAAACGAAAAAAAUCGAGUAUUCAAAAUUUAAUCAUGUUGAUUUUAUAUGGGGGAAAGAUUCCAAAAAACUUGUUUUUGAAAACGUUUUGGCAGUACUAAACCGAUAUUAA